AUGGCCUCAGAAGCAUCUAAGCCAUCACAUCUCGAUCCAUCAGCUCUAGGCACAAAAGAAUAUUGGGAUAAUCUCUACAAUCGUGAAAUUUCAAACCACGCACUCGACGCGACAGACGUAGGGACGAUAUGGUUUGAUGAUUCAUCUGCGGAGGAUAAAGUUGUGGAUUUUUUGAACGGGGAGGUUUUUGAGAAGGAUUUAUUGGGAUUGGGAAAAGAGAGGAGGAGGAAAGACUUUGGACUCUUGGAUCUAGGGACGGGAAAUGGUCAUUUUUUGGUCAGGCUAAGGGAAGGGGAGGAGGAUAGUGAUGAGGAGGAGGAAGAGGAAGGGAGGAAAAGCGAGGAGAUGGGAAAGAAAUGGGUGGGUAGAAUGAUGGGUGUGGAUUAUUCGGAAAGAUCUAUUGAAUUUGCGAAACGUAUUGCGAAGGAUAAACUAGAGAAGGGGGAGGGAGAGAGAAUCGAACAGGGAAACGAAAUCGAAUUCAUCACCUGGGAUAUAAUGAAAGAAGAUCCAUCUCCAAAAGUCCUAAAUGGGGAACAGGCAAAAGGAUGGGAUAUAGUACUUGACAAGGGGACAUUCGAUGCUAUUAGUUUGUCGGAGGAGGUAGAUACGAAUGGGAAAAGGAUUUUCGAGGGAUAUAAGGAGAAAGUAUUGGCAUUAGUGAGAAUGGGCGGAGUGGCGGUUGUUACGAGUUGUAAUUGGACAGAGGAGGAACUGAUUGAGUGGUUUGUUGGAAAGGGAGAAGAGGAGCAGGUAGAAAGAUUCGAGGUUCUGAGGAAGAUUGAGUAUAGAAGUUUUAGUUUUGGAGGAGUGAAGGGCCAGACGGUAUGCAGUGUUUGUUUUAGGAAGUGUGGAGCGAGUUUUAUAUGA